AUGAUGCGUGGUGGUGCUAGUGCUGUGUCGCUCCUCGUGUUCUUGGUUUUCUCUAGUGCCACCGUUUCCCUGACUUGUGGCGCAGGCCUCCACCUCGAGCUCACCCACGUCGACGCCGGGGGAAGCUACACCACCGCCGAGCGCGCGCGCCGCGCCGUCGAACGCAGCCAGCGGCGCCUGGGGUGCAAGCCGUCCGCCGGCGACGUCCACGCGCCCGUGAAGUGGGCUGGUUUGGCGGCCGGCGAGUACGUCGCCGAGUUCCUGAUCGGCGACCCGGCACGGCGCGUGGAGGCCAUCGUCGACACCGGCAGCGACUUCAUCUGGACGCAGUGCACCGCCUGCCUCCCCGACCACUGCUUCAAGCAGAACGUCCCUCUCUACAACUACUCGGCGUCGCACAGCGCCAAGCCCGUUCCUUGCACCGACAAGCUCUGCAAGGGUGACGUCGCCGUGUACGGGUGCGACCGCCAGGACGGCAGCUGUGUCUUCAAGGUCGGUUACGUCUCCGGUGCCUUCGCCGGCCAUCUCGGCAAGGAGGUCUUCACCUUCCCGUCCGGCGCCGUUGAGCUUGCCUUCGGGUGCGUCAGCCGCAACAGUAUUGGCGAGGGAGGGUUCGACGGCCCGUCUGGCAUCCUCGGGCUUGGUCGCGGCGUUCUCUCGUUGGUGUCACAGACGGCCGCCGGCAAGUUCUCCUACUGCCUCACGCCCUACGCCAGCGGCGACAAGGUGUCCAGCCACCUGUUCGUCGGCGACUCGGCGAACUUGACCGGCGAAAGCCCCGUGCUAUCCAUCAAGUUCGUGAAGAACCCUACAGAUCGCCCGUACUAUCUGUACUACUACCUGCCUCUCGUCGGAAUAACCGUCGGCAAGACCAGGCUGCCCAUUCCGAGCACCCUGUUCGAUCUCCGGCAGGUCGGCCCCGGGAACUGGUCGGGCGGUGUCCUCAUCGACUCCGGCAGCACGAUCUCAUUGCUGGUCGACGGCGCGUACAAGGCUCUAGCGGCGGAGCUGACCAAGCAGAUCGGCGGAAACCCGGUGCCACCACCGUCCACCACGCUCGCCGAGAUGCUGGACCUGUGCUUCGCUCGAGGGGACGUCGACAAGAAGGCGCCGGCUCUGCUCCUCCACUUCAGCGCCGGCGUCGACAUGCCCGUGCCUCCGGCGAACUACUGGAUGCCCGUGGACAAUUCCACGGCGUGCAUGGCGAUCGCCAGGUCGAACGACACGAGCAGCAUCAUUGGCAAUUUCCAGCAGCAGGACUUGCAUGUGCUGUACGACCUCGAGCAGGGGCAGCUCUCCUUCCAGCCCGCCGACUGCAGCAAGCUCUGA